AACCAAUAUCCUCCAGAAGUGAAAGGAAGGCAUUCAGGGACGAACAAAACUCGCUGUCUUUGUGUGGUUCUAACUCUAUCCCUUCUGAAAAACCCUCCUUACAAUUUCACUUCCAUAGCUGAAAGUUUUUUUUUUCUUUAGCUGUUUGGAAGCUCCACAAAUUUGUAUUCUGCUCUGCAUUUUAGAGUUUUGUGUAAUUACCCUCUUUGCUUGCUGCUGCAUUGGACUUGUGCCUCGACUGGAUGACCUCCCCAUGCCUUUAUUAGAUAUUGCUACAGCACAGCCCUCUCUCCAGAGCAAUCUACAUGCAUUCAGGUCUCAAGCAAUUCUGCAGCAGAGCAAAUUUGUGUUUAGAAAUGAGAAACUAUUUGGCCUUUUCUGGAGAAAACCGGACAAAGCAAACAAACUUAACUCGGGAAGGUGUUGUGUAUGGCGGGGUGGAUUAAUGAUCAAGGCCGUUGCUACUCUUGAGCCCACAAGGUUGACUCGGUUACAUAAAGAAGAAUUUGGUUCGAGGGUUAAUGAUGUAAAUUCUGCUGCACCUAGGGUCGAGGAGCAACCCUCGUUGAGCGAAGAUUUAACUGAAGAAGAAGUGGAUGAAAGAGAGAAGUUGAGACGGAUGAGGAUUUCGAGAGCUAAUAAGGGAAAUACCCCUUGGAACAAAGGAAGGAAGCACUCUCCAGAAACAUUGCAGCGGAUUAGAGAGAGAACCAGGAUUGCAAUGCAGGAUCCUAAGGUGAAGUCAUGUAAGAGUAUUCUCCAUAGGAAUUAUGCUAGUCUCAGGGAUAUGAUGAGGAUGAUAUCAUUGCAGACUAUUGUCCGGGCGAUAACUCUUUUUCUCUUCUUAUGGUUGGAAUUACUGAUGCUGUAGGCCUAUUUAGGAUCGCUCUACUACUCCCUGGUUCAUAUGUAUGGAACUUGGUUCUGAAUAAAAGAUUUCUGGCUUGCCAUGAACUUCCGCAAGUUAUUCUUGACUUAGGCAUGCUUUCAGGCUGUUGCAUUGAGAUACUGUCAGACUUGGUUUUUUUCCUGUUGUUUUUGCAGAUUGGUGAAUUUAGUCAUUAAUAACUGUUUGGUGUUAACUCUGUCCAAAUUUUUCUUUCUGAACUUUUUUCCAAAGUGUUGAUUGACACGUCCCUUGUAGAUUUUUAUGCGCUAGUUUUAGCUUUUGCAACCUUUUGCUCAUAUUAACCAGUUUUGCUGAUGCAGGUCAAGAUGAAAUUAGCGAAAUUGGGCCAUGCUCAAAGUGAGGAAACAAAGAUGAAAAUUGGUGUUGGUGUGAGAAUUGGAUGGGAAAAGCGUCGCGAGAAAAUGAUGUUGCAGGAAACCUGUCUCUAUGAGUGGCAAAACUUAAUUGCAGAAGUUUCAAGAAGGGGCGUUCUUGGUGAGGAAGAGUUGCAGUGGGACUCCUACAAGACCCUGGAUAAGCAGCUCGAGCAAGAAUGGAUACAAAGUGUUGAAGAAAGGAAAAGAAUGCCAAGAGUAAAAGGCAGCAAAAGAGCUCCUAAAUCUCUUGAGCAAAGAAGGAAGAUAGCAGAGUCCAUUGCUGCCAAAUGGGCUGAUCCUUCAUAUCGGCAGCGAGUUCGUGCUGGCCUUAUUAAGUAUCAUGGUAUAACAGAGGUAGGCGAGAGGACUCCAAGGACAACUACAAGCAGUGAUGGUCAGACAAGGAAAAGAAGUUUAUCCAAAAGAAAAACUGAUUUGGAUGAUGAAUCCGCGAAGAGCCAAAAUCUGCGAAUAAAAAGGAAAAGCAAAUCAGCCCCGUACAAGGAUCCUUUGGCAAGUUCAAAGUUGGAAAUGUUAAAAAGCAUUAGGGCGCAAAGGGCAGCUGCUGAAAGCAAGAAAACCGAAGCCCUAGUAAGGGCAAAGUUGUUGAUUGCUGAAGCUGAGAAGGCUGCAAAUGCUCUUGAAGUGGCGGCUAAGCAAAGUCCUUUGGCUCGGGCUUCACUGAUUGAAACUCGGAGACUCAUUGCUGAAGCAGUUGAAUCUAUAAGCUCCAUCGACGAAGAAGAGCACGAAGGUUCACCUCCUGAUGGAAGUAUUUUACUGACUCCCUCUCAACCGACUGAUGGAAGUAUUUCUCCAACGUCCCCUCAACAUUUCGACCGCACAGACUUAACGAGUGCAGAAUUUAUGGUUCCCGACCCCAGCCAAAUUGUUGCCAGAAAAGUUAAUGGUAUUGCUCAUACAUUAGUAUCUAGUAACAUAGUCGACUCAAGUUUGUUAAAUAGCGAGGACUCUGCAUUUCAUCAGGAAGCAACAGAUGAUGAUGCAUCAGGGGACAACGACAAUGACUUUGUUCUAGCAGGAGACUGCGAGAGUGACGCUGUUCUAGGGUUUGAUCUAGUUCGACCUAGCGAUAGUGAUGUAACAGUGAACGGAAAAAAGAAUAGCAUUCCUCAAAUGAGUGCCAUAGGGUUCAAUUUAGGUUCAAGGUUGUCGCCAGGGGAUGGGGACAAGGGUCACAUUUCGAUGGAGCAAGCUGAACUGAAAGGAACGAAGUUGAAGGAGCAGUCCGAAGACGAAGAGACACCACAAAAGUUGGCCAAUGUGGUAACCAAGAAGAAGAAGAAAUGGGUUAGGGGAAGACUGGUGGAAGUGGAUGAUGAAGAGGAUUAGGGAUCAUGUUGAAUUUGGACAGGUGAAUCGAUCAUAUGAUGCCAUGGAUCAUCUUUACCGUGGUGUAGCAGAAGACAAAGGCUUUUACACAUUUUUCAUCACUGGCCUAGACAUUGAUAACAAAGGGGAAGGUAACCAAAGAACAAUGGAAAGAGGGAGGUACAAUAUGUCAUUCACGGGGAGGAACAUUAGAAGAAGAAUCAGGAGUAAGAAGAAUGUGGGGAUUGGAAUUGUUGAGGUGGGAAUCAACAGCCUCCUCUAUUUUCUUCCUCUGCUUUUCUUUCUCUUGUCUGGCCUUCUCAAUUUCCGUCUGCACUUCCUCCUUCUGCACAAUUGACAUAUAACGACAGCCAGUCAAGUCAUAUUCAUCAUUACGUAGAAAAACACAAAAUUAGAAAAGAUUUGGGAAAAGGGGUGUCUUUGUCACAUACAUCAAGGAGAUCAACUUGGGGUAACUUAGCACCGUGCACGGCGGCACGGUCUGAUGAUUUCAGCACAAAGUGCCUUACUCCACCACCUAAUGUUCUUAGGUUGGAAACUGCAGCAUUAUUAGCUCCUCCCUUACCUGUGGCUCUUAAUAUCAUCAUCAAUGCUGCUGCUUUCAUCCUCCACUCCAAUGACCCAGGGCAGGAAACACAAACUAGUACUACUACUACUACUACUAUUAGUUUGAGUUUUCUGUUCCGGUGAGUUCUUCCAAUGUUUUGGUGUUUUUUUAAUAAAGAGCUUCUCUAACUCUUAUUAAGAACGUGUAUAUAAGAUGAAUGGAAAUGCUGAGUGGGUUGAAUGUUUCUGGUUUGGGUUCCACGUGGCCUUCUCCAUCUUUCUUGUUGCUUCCACCUCAUUCUUAUUACACUCCUUCCGGUGUUUAAUAUGACUCAUUUUGACUUGUCCUAAGUUUCACCUCAUACACAUUUUUAAUUGACAGAAAAAUAUUAAAAAUAUAUUUUUACAUUCGUUGUGUUCUUUUGAUAGUUAUGAAAUAUUUUUAAGGUUAUUUUGUAAAUUAAAAAAGC